AUGAGAAGCUAAAGCAUGGUGAUGAGACCACCAAGGUUGGGAGGCCUAGGAAGCGUUGGGUGAAGAAAAUGAAGGGAGGGAUUCGGCUAUCUCGUUCCAGAAAACUUAUUUUCAAGGCCUUUUCCAUGGUAGUGUUGGCAGGCAGGGUUGCGAGGGUGUAUGCUGACAUUAUAGAUCGAAUGAAGAUGGAUGGUUUCUGUCCCAACAUCAUCUUCUCCACUCAGUGGGGACUUCCUGUUUUAUCUCACCCCUCUCUUAAAUGUAGAAAGACUACAUUUUCGUAAUUUAAUUUGAAUGAUUAAACUUAUUUAUAGCUGUACUGUGUUGAUUGUGUCUUCAAUCUUUUUGGUUCUGUUUUUCUUUCGACUUAUUAAUUAAUCUUCUUUUUUACUACUAAUUGAGUUGAGUGAACCAAGUCCUGAGAUUUCCACAUUCCAAGAGGCUUAUCGAUUUCCAAUAAUAAUAGUAAUUGCUUUCA